ACAUAACCCAUCAUACCAGGCGUUGUGAACAAUGGAAUCCCGCGAAAGCGCCCGUGAGCUCGUUAGAAGCGUUGCUAAAGGCCGUGGUUAUCUGAGUGAGGAAAUACUGGGACGGAUGGACCAGGAUACUCGUCGAGAGGUCGAGGAAGCAAUGCUGAAGAAAGACGAGAUGCUAGGGUCUUCUGUGUUGACACUAGCAAAAGAUGUCUAUAAGAGCAGUGCUCGGUUUGUGUUCGAGCUGUUGCAGAAUGCCGAUGAUAACAGUUACUCUAAGGCCAAAUCCCGUUCGGAAGCACCCUACGUUUCAUUUCGCGUCUACCCGCGACAAAUUGUUCUCGAGUGUAAUGAGGAUGGCUUCACGACAGAGGACCUGAUCGCGAUCUGCAAUAUCGGAAAGAGUUCAAAAACUAGUGUCCAAGGAUAUAUUGGAGACAAAGACAUUGGCUUUAAGUCGGUAUUCAUGGUCGCGUGGAAAGUUCUCAUCCAGUCGGGAGAGCUUUCAUUCUAUUUACAGCAUAGGAUUGGCGACUCGGGAAUGGGUAUGAUCUCACCCAUCUGGCAAGAAAGAGAAGAGGAGGUGGCAAAUGACAUAACUCGAAUUACGCUGUUCUUGCACGAGACAGGUCCAGAGGAAAUUCUUGCCAAACAACGCAAGACGAUCCGCCAGCAGUUCCAAGAGCUUCAGGCGACCUUUCUUCUGUUUAGGAAAAACAUUGAAAGAAUCUACGUUGCCUUUUAUGAUGACGAAAGCAAGGAACAUAUUACCAAAAUCACGUUCGACAAACUUCCCGUAAGCGAGAACAGAAAGUGCCCAGAGGCUUCUACACAGUCCGACGUCAUUCUCGCAUUUCCAUUGACUGCAACCUCUAUUCCGAUCAUUGAAGAACAGCUACUUUAUGCUUUUCUCCCGAUACGAAAAAUGGGGCUUCCAUUUUUGAUCCAUGCAGAUUUUUAUACCGACGCCAGCAGACAGGACAUACCUCUGUCCUCAACCCGGAAUACCACUUUACUCAGUUAUGUAGGCCUGGUGCUUGCUACAGCAGUGCAGGAAUUUUGCCAACACCCAACCUUACGGUAUCAAUGGAUGAGAUACCUCCCAAGACGCGAUGAGCUCUCCAGUGGAUCAUUUUCGCAAGAACUGAGUGCCCAUAUCCAUGCUCACCAAAAUAUGUCUGAUGUUCUUUGGACAAGAACUCAUAGCGCACUGCACCCUAUCAUACGUACGCGAAGACUACCUUCUAGUAUGCUCGAUAGCAAUGGAGAUCCUCUGUUGCCAGACUUGAAGCCCGAACAGUAUCUCUCCCCUAAGUAUCGUCCAAGAGACUUGAAAUUGUUGAUGGGGUACGGCCUUGUUUAUUUGAGCAAUUAUGGGUUCCUGGAAAGGGUUCGCCAGGAUCUUAGCCGCGACGACUCACUGAUAGGAUCAUUCAGUGUUGAUGAUGAUUGGCAUUCGCGUGUGGCUAGGGUCCUGAUGUCAGCCUACCAGGAAAGGCCCAAAUCGGUGUUUGCGCUUGCUAUUAUUCCCCUGACUAACGGCGAAUGGAGAUCUUCAACCUCCAUAAAGACCCAUCGCAUCUACCAUUCUCACUGUAACGGUUAUCUCAUCCCCGAAGUGAACAUGCCUUUGGUAGACCCGCGAGCUGAGAAGAACCCCGACCGAGAAAGACUGUUCAGUCAACUUGGUGUUAAGAAUCCGAAGGUAUCUCGGGUUCGAGACGCUGUUAUCCGUACCAGUUACAACAAAACGGUUGACCUCGACGAGUCUCGAGCACAGCUGGAAUUUCUCUACCUUACGGCCCAUCUUGACCGCCGAAUUGAUUCUGCGCAUUUCUACAGCGACAUGGAUCUCAUAGACCAGCAGAACAGAUACCGGGAGCCGGAUUCACAUACCUUUUACUUUCCUGGAAAGGACUUGUACAGUGCCGAGCAACUACUCACGCCGACGAAACAUUACGGGACCGGGAAGAGUUCAAGGCCGGGCGUUUACAUCCUACAUAGUCGCUAUAUGGGACCCCUCCCUAUAAAGCCAAUUGGGGAACGCCGGACAUGGAUGACGUGGUUGUCAGAGUCACUGCAAGUCCGCAACACCAUUCCAAUUACAGAUUCCAACCGGUUGAGCCCAGAGUGUACCUUCAUAGCCGAGCAUCAUCCUGAGAAAUUUGUAGGGUUCUUGGUCAAGAACUGGAAAUUCGAUUCUGCUUCUCCUGGCAAAACGCAAACUGAUUGA